GGGGGUACAAAUGACACAUUUGCGAAACCCAGGUGUCUGUGAAAUUACCCCAACAAGAUACUGCCUUCGGCUCCAGUAAAGUCGACUCCACGGUUUCCGGAAUCUAACGUCAAAAUCUGUAAACUUAAAAAAAAUGGCUUUUUCAACUCUUUGUUCAUCGCCGGGACUCCCAUUACUUCUCCAUUAUCAAAAACCAAAAUUUUCGUUUUUCAACUCAAAUCUCCAAAACACAUUGAACUACUUUCCUCAUUCCUCAACUCUAAACCCUAAACAUCAAAUUAAAAUGUCAAAAACAUCAUCGAUCAAAGCAUCAGUGACUGACUUGGGAAUUAUUGAAAGAGCAAUUCAAUUGGUUCAAUCUUCACCACCUACGUGGCAAUCUGCUUUGCUUAGUAACGUAAUUAUCUUCACUUUGGGUUCUCCACUUUUAGUCUCUGGUCUGUCACUUUCUGGUAUUGGGGCUGCUUUCCUGCUUGGUACUCUUACUUGGCGUGCUUUUGGGUCUUCUGGGUUUCUUCUUGUUGCCACAUAUUUCGUUAUUGGUACAGCUGCGACUAAGGUGAAAAUGGCUCAGAAAGAGGCUCAAGGGGUUGCAGAGAAGAGAAAAGGAAGGAGAGGACCUGGAAGCGUGAUCGGCUCCAGUGCAGCCGGUUGUGUUUGUGCAUUUUUAUCGAUUAAUGGAAUUGGUGGGGAGGCAUUUACUCGCCUGUGGGAACUUGCAUUUGUAGCCAGUUUUUGUACUAAGUUGAGCGACACUGUCUCGAGCGAGAUAGGAAAGGCAUAUGGUAAAACAACGUAUCUUGUCACCACAUUCAAGAUAGUGCCUCGGGGUACUGAAGGUGCUGUGAGUGCUGAGGGAACCUUCGCGGGGCUUCUUGCUUCAGUUCUCCUUUCAUUUGUUGGCUAUCUAAUGGGUCAGAUUAACGCACCUGGGGCUGCUAUAUGUGUAAUUGCCUCCCAGAUAGCAAACUUUGGCGAAAGUCUAAUAGGUGCUUCACUUCAAGAGAAAGAAGGAUUUCAAUGGCUCAACAAUGAUGUUGUCAAUGUCAUCAACGUAUCCUUGGGAAGUAUUUUGGCCGUCUUAAUGCAACAAAUAAUACUCCAAAGUUAACGAACCUAUGCACCUACUUGAAGCAUGAGCUUGAAUUGCCACUUCUUAUUGCAUACUUACCAUAUUCUCAAGAUGCAAAAGAGAUCUUUAAUGGGAUUUACAGGUCUACAAUACCAUCCGAAUCAGAAUCAAGACUUGGUUGAUCGGCAUGUUAAUUGUUAUAGUCGAGAAACAAUUCUGCAUAUCCAUGCCCCCCCCCCCCCAAAAAAAAAAAAAAAAAAAAUUUACCAAAUAUCCAGCAUUGCACAUUUCAGUGUCAAUGUAUUGUUUCUUAGUCAUUUGGCAAAAAUAUCCAGCAUUGCACAGUUUUAUGGUUGGGGUUACUCACUUGAUAAUUUAUGGAAGAUCCAAUUGUCAG